AAUGAGUUUUUAAGAAUAACAAAAAAAUGUAUUCUGUAGUCUUUAUAAGAAAACAUUUUUUUAAAUAAUAAAUAAUCGAUCAAUGUAGUGCAUUUUUCUUUUCACUUUUCUUAUGGCGCCUUUCCGAAAAGUCUAAAGCUACCUUAAGGAUGUUCGGCUGGAACUCUCUGAGCCUCUGGCGGAGUCCCCGCCUGCGCUCGCUGCUGCCAUUGCCGCCACUGCCACCGUGCGCCACGCGACUCGAGAGGCCGCGAUGGAGCCACGGCGCCAGCGACGUGAGAGCCGUCAUUUUCGACAUGGGAGGAGUGAUCCUGCCGUCGCCGUACCCGCCCAUACAAGAGUGGGAGGCUGCCUGUGGGCUGCCGGGUGGCACGGUGCUGCGCGUGCUGCGUGACGGCGGGGAGGCGAACGCGUGGUGCCGCUACCAGCGUGGGGAGAUGUCGCCUGAGAGAUUUGACGAGCUCUUCGGCGCCGACUGCUCCAAAAUCGCGGGGCGUGCGGUGAGCGUGGGUGGCUUCGUGGCACACCUGGUUGGGCAGCUCGCCACGCCGGUGCCUGGCGCGCUCGCGGCGCUGAGGGGAGUGCGCGAGCGCGGUGUCAAGACGGCGCUGCUCACCAACAACUUCUACGUCCGCGGCGGUGCCACUUACCUGCCGCUGGACCGCACCCUCUUCGACGUGGUGGUGGAGUCGUGCGUGGUCGGGAUGAAGAAGCCGGACCCCAGGAUCUACUCGCUCUGCCUGGAAAAGCUCGGGGUUCCUCCAAGCGCCGCUGUCUUUCUCGACGACCUCGGAGAAAACCUGGCACCGGCUCGGGCCCUGGGUCUUCGCACCAUCAAGGUGGGGGACCUCAAGGUGGCACUGGCAGAGUUGGAGUCCCUGCUGGGCUUCUCGCUGUCCCACGACACCAGCGCCGUGCGCGCCGGCCUGGAGAUUGACGAGCGGGCGCUGGCUGCCUACCUGCACACGGCACUGGGGCUGCACGCAGACACCCUACUCGUGCGUCAGUUCCGGCACGGCCAGUCCAACCCAACAUACUACGUGGAGUGCGGCGACCGCAAGCUCGUCCUGCGCAAGAAGCCGCCGGGAAAGCUGCUGCCAUUGGCACACGCCGUGGAGAGGGAGUACAGGGUGAUGAAGGCUCUGGGAGCGGCAGGAGUCCCCGUACCACAAGUUCUCUCCCUGUGCGAGGACUCCAGCGUGCUGGGGACGCCCUUCUUCCUGAUGGAGUACACCGAGGGGCGCAUCUUCAAAGACCUGUCGUUGCCGGAUCUGUCUCCAGAGCAGCGCCACAAGGUGUAUUCCGGGGUCACCUCCGUGCUCAGCCAAAUCCACCAGGUGGAUCCCAGCUCCGUGGGGCUCACCGACUUCGGCAAAACCGGAGGAUACGUGAGGCGGCACGUGCAGAAGUGGACAAAGGAGUACCGAGCGAGCGAGACCAAAUACCUGCCCUCCAUGGAGCUGCUCAUGGAGUGGCUGCCGGCUCACCUGCCCCGAGAGGAGGCCAACCGCGUGGUGCACGGUGACUUCAGGCUGGACAACCUGGUAUUCGACGCAGAGCGGCUGGAGGUGCGAGCCGUGCUCGACUGGGAGAUGUCGACGCUGGGCGACCCGCUCUCCGACCUCUCCCACAGCUGCAUGGCUCACCAUCUGCCUCAAAAUUUUCCCAUACUGCCUGGGCUGAAGGGCCGCGACCUCAUGGCACUGGGCAUCCCGAGCGACGAGGAGAUGAUGAAGGCAUACUGCGCUGCCUCUGGCCGCCCACUCAUCAAAGACUGGCACUUCUACUUGGCCUUCUCAUUCUUCCGUGUCGCCGCCAUCCUGCAGGGCAUCUACAAGCGGGCGCUCUUAGGUCAGGCGUGCUCGGCGCAUGCCGAGGAGGCUGGCCAGUUUGUGGAGUUGAUGGCUGACAAGGGUUGGGGUUUAGCCGCACGGGAAGGAUUCCACAUCUUCAAGGAGCAGCCCAAGCCACUCGGCGGUGGCGCGGCAGGGCAAUCCGGCCGGCCCUAUAGCACCAGCUGCCGCAGCACGGCUGUCCACCGCGCGCAAGCACCCAACUGCCCGCAGCAUGACCGCCGCUUCUUCGCUACUAGCGCGGGCGAGCCAGCCGCGGCGAGCGGGCGUGGUGGCGGUGGCGGAAUGCUGGUGCGAGAGGCGGAGCUGGCCCCGCCGGCCCGCGCGACGGUGGAGGCCGUGCGAGCAUUUGUGGGUGAGCGCGUGAUCCCCGCGGAGGCGGAGCUGCGGCGUUGGGAGCCGCACCCGCCGCUGGAGCAACUCAAGACGGAGGUGCGUGGGGCCGGGCUCUGGAACCUGUUCCUGCCUUCCCACCCCUCUCUCUCUUUGAGCGAGCUAGCUAACACUGCACGGCGGUGGUGCAGAGUUCCGAGUUCGAAAUCAUCAAUGCGACGUUGCGUUUCUUGCCGUCUCUCCGCGCAGGCGUUCAACUGUUCCGCCCCGGACACAGGGAACAUGGAGUUGCUCGUGCGCUACGGCACGGACCAGCAGCGCCAACGCUGGCUGGCGCCGCUGCUCGACCACAAAAUCUGAUCCUGCUUCGCCAUGACGGGGCCUCAGGUGGCCUCCUCUGAUGCCACCAACAUCGAGGCAUCUAUCGUGGAGGCCGGCGACAGAUACGUUCUGAUUGGCCGCAAGUGGUGGACGUUUGGUGAGCGAGCGCGCGCAUGUGGAGUUCUGGGGAGACACGGGGCGCCUGCUUUUUGUGCGAGCCGAUUCCACAGUUUAGGGACCGCAGAGUUUUUGACCUACACAAAUAUAAAUAAAUAAUAAGGUGUCCAUACAAAUGUAAAUUUCUUUAAAGUAGCGAAUUAAUUUAUUAAUUGAUGCCGAUACAGGCAUGCAUUAUCACCGGAUCUGAGUACGUGUGCAAAAUGUGGAAUUUAUUGGACAACGGGAAGUGGACGAAAUUUUUAUUACAAGAUUUGACCACGACAAACAGAGGAAUCAAGUUAAGUAAAACCGUUGGAAAAAAAAGUUAGAAAUUGUAGUUGCAUAUACGAUUACCGUUAUUACAAUGCAAGUCCAACAACAUGAAAUGCGUUUAACAUUCAAUCGGAAACAGAUCUCCAUUAUAAGCAAAUAAAACAAACUGCAUUAGUCAUGAUCUCUGACUCGUAACUUAAACAAUACAGGAGCGCGUGUCUACAUGAGCAGCACUGUUGUCAAUCCACGACUGGUAGAGCCACCCCCACCUGCCCCACGUUGUGUCAGUCGUAGGGGUUAUUUAGCCAUACUUCAUCACGUACCCACGCACUGAGUCACCCACUCACCCAUCCACAUUCAACCGCAAACAACAAAACAAAGAUGCCCCAUAUAGCCUUAACAGACUGUAGGAGCAAGUGCUGUUAGCGAGUAGCGCCUAUGAAGGUCGAGGGGGUGGUGCCACAGCAACGGAGCAACUCCACCGGCGCCGCCAUCCCCUCGCACCCCUCCACACGAACGCACGCACACCCCCACACACGCACCCACGUAUGGUCUCGUGAUGGGUUCACCUGGUACCAUGGGUUUUUACCCGAGGGGCCCCUAGCGGAGAUGUCCCACGGUUUCCCAGUGCCAGGAGAUUGGCCGACCCCCCCAGGCCAAAUUGCAUUGUGGCCUCCGUGAAUUUGCUUAAAAUUGUAUGGGCGUGACAAAGCUCACCGGGCUAACCACAAUGAGACACUCACGGCACAGGGAGAUAGGGCUUGGAGGGCAAACACUCCACGAGCAGCGCAAAAGAGGAGGUGGGAGGGAAAUUCCUGAACCCACUGCAGAUGUGUAUUCCGUGGGACGGCCACCCCGAUCAAAC